UAAAUUUUUUUUUAAUAAUAAAAAAAAUGGAUUUUCAAAGUGCAAUGGAAACGUUUGCUGAAGCAUGGGUUGCAGCGAAUACUAAAACAAAUCUUAAUGAUGUUGCUAUACAGAAUGAAGCAUUGGCAUUGACUCGUACAACUUCACCAGCUGAACAAACUUCAACAACAGUACAGCAAACAUCUACAGCGAAGGUUGAACACGUUCAACAACAGUCUCCGCCCAUGUCUACCCUACACACCAAUGAGGAUAACACACCUGAACAACAACAACAACAACAACAACAACAACAACAAUAUAAACAGCAACAAUCAUCACGUAUACGCUCAACAAUUACAAAUUCUGAAACGGUGUUACCGAAUACGUUAACAGUGACUUUACGAACUAACAAUAAAACACAUGAAUUAAAUAAUAACAGUAGUGAGAAUUGUGAUGGUGAUUGUAAAAAAAAUCAAACUGAGGGGGGAACAGGUACAGGUACAGGUGGUGGGGAUGAUGACGAGGGAGAUCAACAAACUACUACGUCAACAUCACCGUUACCAGCAUUACCGACUUCGUCAUCGUCGAGUUCGUCUUCGUCGUCGACGUCGAUUUGUAAAAUUAAUACGAAUAAAGUCGCGAAAAAUUACGAAAAUGAUGAGGAGGAUUUAGAUCAUGAUCUAAGGAUCAAUGCCAGUAAUAAUAAUUGUUAUGAUUUGUCGAAGAAUGCAUGUGAACAAUUAGGUAAAUCGAUACCAGUUCACUGUGUGGUAGAAACAAUAUACUCAAUAGAUGAUACUAAUUAUAAUUUUACUACAAAUCCAAAUAAUUGGAGACGUCCAAUUGUUGAAGUCGAUAGCUAUGUCAUCAUUCCAGUCACAACGUACUUUCAUGAAUUAGUACAAGUGGCAUUAAAUCGUUUAGGUUAUUCACCAGAUAGUUCUUCGGCUGCUAAAGGGUCGAUUGUAAUAAAAAAUUGGAAAGCGUUGACAUUCGAUAAAAUAGCGGAUAAUCCAUUGAUGACAGUAGGUGAUAUUUUGGGUGAAUUAACGACAAUAGCAACGUUAAAAAUUCAAGUGUAUCGUUCACGACCCACAUAUGCAUCGGAUAUUAAAGAUAAAUUGCUACGAUUUUUUCUAAUACAAUCUAGAAAUAUGCUUUUAUCAACCGGAUGUCCUUUAGAUGAGUUAACACUAACCCAAUUAUGUCGUGGUGCUAAUAACACUGGUGCAAAUAAUCAAUAUGAAUUAUCAGAUGAUGAUCGGCGUAAAUUUGAUCAAUGGUGGACUUCACAAUUAUCACCAACUACAAUACAAAGAGCUGUUGUUGCAGCUGCUGUAGCGCAUGCGCAACAACAACAGUCAAUAACAAACAAAACUCAACAUAAUAGUUCCAAUAGCUCUGUAACGGCAGCUGCAAUAGUCAAUGCAGCCUUAUCACAACAAUAUAGCUCAACAAAUGAAGCUCAUAGCUUCAAUGAUACUGAAAAUAAUCUGUUAUACUCGAAUUUAGCAUCCUAUAAUGCUCGAAUUUUACUCGAAUGUCAAUCGAAUCAACAGUCAACGAAAACAACAACAUCGACAAUUACAACGACGGCUACAACAACCACAACCACGGCUACAUCCACCACAAAUAAUGUUGCAGCGGCUGUACUUAAUGCAGCCGCUGCGGCUGCAAUCGUAGAACAUUCCGGACAUCAUCAUCCGACACAUACUCAUAUGCAUCCCGCAUUACAGACAGUACAAAAUCAGUAUCCAAAUCAAAAGACACGUAUGCGGACAAGUUUUGAUCCAGAACUCGAAUUACCAAAGUUACAAAGUUGGUUUUCCGAGAAUCAACAUCCAAGUCGACAGCAAAUCCAACAUUACGUCAAAGAGUUGAAUAAUUUAGAAUCUCGGCGAGGACGAAAACCGCUGGAUAUAAAUAAUGUAGUAUAUUGGUUUAAGAAUGCUCGAGCUGCCCAAAAACGAGCGGAGAAUCGUACGAUUCCCGCGGUAGCAAAUCAUUUAUCGAUGGGAAUGGUCAAUGGAUAUAAUAAUCAUAGUUCAGCCAUGGAGAAUGAUCAUACGAUUGUAAAUCGUUCGUCUUCGUCUUCACUUGCUCCAAGUCCUUCGGGUGGUGUUUCAAUUAAAUCAAGUUUAAUGCAUGCGCUAAACGCGGCUGCGGAUAAUUACAUGCAUCAUCAGCGCCGUCACGAGGAUAUACAGCAUCAUCCACAAAUGAUGUUGUUCAAACAUUCGAAUCCAGCGAGCGAUUUAAAUCAAGUCCAUAAUUUAAGUAUGUCUGAAGAAUUAUCGAAUGCGGAAUCAGAUGACGUGAUUGAUGAUGACGUAAUUGAUAAUACGGAUCCUGAGAAUGAACAUUGUCCAAUAUUAAGUCCAAUUGGUCCAUUAUCGUUAACCACAAAUAAGAAGCAUCAUUUUGAUAAUCCGGAAAGUGAUCGAGAAUGCCGUACACCAAGAUCACCUGCCGAAAUGAAUUAUCAAAAAAUCCAUCAUUCCUCACCAAAAAACGAAAAUACUAAACGGAAUAACUUAAAUAGUGAUAAUACCAACAUGGACACAUCUGACAAUGAGGACCAUGUCGAUUACGAUAAUGAUGAGGAUGAUAACGUAAAUGAUGAUAAUAAUAAUAGUGAUAAUGUGAAUAAUAGUGAUAAUAUAAAUGUAAAUAAUUUAUCAUCUCGUACAACAAAAUCAUCACUAUUACGUAAUUAUCAGCAUCAUUAUCAUCAACGUAACGGAUCAACGCCACCAUUAUCCACGGAUAAUUUGGGUGAAGAUCGUACAACGUUAGAUCGUUUAGCAACCAAUUUCCCAUUAGUACCAAAUUCGAUGUUUAGUCAUAGUAUCAUGUACAUGAGUCAUUAUAUACCUGGCUUAGCUCAACACGGUUUACAUCAUCAUCCGCAUCAUGCAGCCGCUGCAGCUGCGGCUGCCGCUUCAUCGUCCUCCUCAUCUGUUUCGGUUUCCGUAUCAGAUGAACGCCGGAAACGGAAUCGUACAUUUAUCGAUCCUGUUACUGAAGUACCACGAUUAGAACAAUGGUUCUCGUUAAGUACACAUCCGUCACAUAAUUUAAUUUUAAAGUAUACAGAGGAGUUAAAUCGUAUGCCAUAUAGACAAAAAUUCCCACGAUUAGAACCGAAAAAUGUACAAUUUUGGUUUAAGAAUCGACGUGCUAAAUGUAAACGAUUAAAAAUCGCGUUGUAUGAUACAAAUGUACAUUCACAGUAUAAUAAUUCUCAAUGUAAACAGGAUUAG